AGUGUACAAAGUUCAAGUAAAAAAAAACAAGCUAAUAACUGAUAGUUAACACGACAGAUGAUGUCAUUAAAAUUAAUACUGACAUAUAUUUGAAUUUUUAUUUGGAUAUUGUGAAUAUUUCUUCGACUAAUAAUGACCAAGACUCUUGUUACAAAUAAUAAAAUGCAAUAUGGCAAAAUUCUAGAAGAGUGCAAAAACGGAAAUUUCGAAAUAACCUUUGAUUAUAUUACUGAAAACUUGGAAGGACAGUUGGAUAGCAAAAAAGCUCUGAACAUUUUAAUUGCCUGUUGCAACGCCUGUGUUUAUUGUAAAGAAACUAUAUCGGAAGAUUAUCUACUUAGAAUAUUGAAAAUUCUGUCUCCGAUUCUAAUAAAAUUAAAAGAAACUGAUAUUGUUAGUUACGUUCAGUCACUGUAUCACUUUAUCAAAUUCUUCAUUCAUAAGGGUCAGUUAGAAUAUGUUAUAACCAUAGAAGAUAUUGCACAACUACCAACAAAAAAUUUAUCAAAAAAACUAAUAAAUACAUAUAAUAACAUCGCAAGAUUAUUACACAAUGUAGUAGCAAAGUCUGUAGUAGAAGAUAAUAUUUGUAAUGAAAUAUUAUUUAAAAUUAGCAGACUUAUGCUAAGGAUAAGCAUACAAUUAGGGGAUUCUUCAGAAAUAGCAAAUUUAUCUUUGAGUUGUUUCAAACAUUUUUGUAUCAAGUUAUCAGUUGAAUACCAAAUUGAUUAUUAUAAAGAAAUUCUCGAUUUACUUGCACAACAUCGGAUAGGACUAAAAACGAAAGACAUUGAAAGAAUUGUAAUAAAUCUCACUUCUCACUUAUUACAUAGUAUUAUAAAUACAUAUGAUUUUGAAAAAGGAUUGAAAUUUCUAAAUGAAGUAAACUCCAAAUUGAUAAAUGUCUUAAAUAGUGAAAAAUGUCAACAAUUUCAACAAGGACUGCAGAUAUGUUUUAUUUUUCCUUGUCGGGUAUUAAAAGAUAAAUUUUCAGAAAUUAAUAAAUGUAUGGAAUGUAUGGAAAAAAUUGAUCAAAUGGAUUUUGAGUUUAAGAAAGAUUUUGUUUCAAAUUUGAGUAAAAUGUUACAAAUUUUGAAGGAAUAUUACACAAAUAUUAACCCUAAAGAAUGGGUAUCAUUUUCUGAAGAUGUGCAAUUGCUAUUUUUUAAAUGCAUAGUAAAAGUCGAUUCAUUCUUGCAUAUUCCGGAAAUCGAAGGGGGAAAUGUGUAUUUUUCUAACGCUAACGUGAUGUUUUCUCUGAUUAAAAAUGCGAAUAAAAAUAUCAGUGGAAGUUUGAAAUACCAUCAGGAAUGCGUUAAUUUAAUAAAAAUAUAUUUAAAAUUUAUAAACGACAAUAAGAAUACUAAGAAUUGGCCUAAAUAUUGGAACAACUUGGCAGCGGAAAUUUACAACAUUGGCAUACAUUUAGUACAACAAGAUUGUAAUGAAACAGCAAAAUAUUAUUUUUGUCUCAUAAUCAACAAUUUCAUAAAAUCAGAAGAUAGAAAAACUACAAUAGUUUUAAAAUACAAUAUUCUAAAAUCAGUUUGUGCAUUAUUAAUACAAAUAUAUGCCAAAGAUGGUGAAAAAUGUUUGGGGUUCAUUUCCUUGGGAACAAUAUUAUGCCCUGAAAGUAGAGAUUCCUUCAUGACGAAUUGGAUAACAACAAAGUAUAAUCUUAAAGAAAAAGCUCAAAAAUUAAAUUUGGUUACAGCUUUAGAUGUUUUAGAAAAAGAAAUACCGGCAUUAAAAUUAGAUGUAUCAGAAAAACAGUUUUUAUUGUGUCUAGAAUUGGAUAAUUAUAAGAAAAAAUGGAAAAGCAAAGUUCCUAUUGUAUCAGUUAUAAAAGAAUUAAGAAAAAUAUCCGACAACGAUUACGUAGCGAAUGUUAUUGUAAACAUGUUUGCUGAUAUAGAGUUGCCGCAUAACGAAGAGUUGUCUAAUAUAGUAGCAGAUGUCUUGAAUAAGCACAAAAAUGAUAAUACAAACGUUACCUCACAAAUUAAUUUAGCGAUAUUAUAUUAUACACAUUAUAGAUAUUGCAAUAAAAAAAUUAUUGCUAAAAAUGCUGAAGAUAUGGAGAAUACAGCAUCGGUUGUUCCUAUGGAAAAUGAACCAGAUCUUAAUGACCCCAAAGAUGCCUGUGAUGUAACAUCUUCAUACGAGAGUUUGCACGUCGAGGUUUAUAGAGAAAAUUUGAAAAAUAUCGAAAAGUCUUUAUCUAUUUUUACCACAACAGUGCCAUUAUUAAAAACUGAUAAAAUUGAAUAUUUUCCUCUUAAUAAAUUGUACAAUAUCUUAGUUAGACUAUCUUCUGAAUUCAAGUUAUUGUGUUACAAAUUGAAAGCAGUUCAAGCACUUGAAGCUGCUUUAAAAAUUGCUCAACUACAAAACGAUAGCUCAAAUAUUAUAAAAGCAAUCGGGCUUAUUUUAGAGCAUGUAGACGAAAGUACUGAGGAAUUGCUCAAAAUGGCAGACGAUCUCAUUGAAAACGGAUCUUUCUCAGAAAUAGAUCAUGUAGAAAUAUGUAUUACGUAUUAUAUUAAUAAAAGCAAACAUUUAUUGUACAACGAUUUUGAAGAAUCUUACAGGGUAUUUAAAAAAGCCGAAAAUUUAUUAGAGCAAGUUAAAGAUAAAAAUUGUUCAAACACAUUAAGAAGUCGACUGUUUCUUUUGAAUUCUCAAUUUAGUAAGCUGCCUUGUAAUAUUGGAAUAGAAACACACAAAAAGAGUAUUCUCAUGAAUGCGUAUUUGGCCACGGAAAUUAUGUAUGAAGAAUAUAGAAAUAACACUGUAGGCGAUCCUUACACAGUAUCCUUAUUGAUUGAAGCCAAUAAGGAGCUGGUUAAUCUGUAUCAUCGUUGGAAGUGUCCGAAAGAAGUACGAGUAUACGCCAAAGAAAUCCUACUUCUAACACAAAAAUUGGUCCUACCAUUACAAACCGUUUCUUAUUUGACGUAUCUCGCACACGCCGAUCUUCUGUCGAAUUAUCGAGAAGAUUGUCAAGUUAAAGUGAAAGAUAUCGGUGCCAUUUUAGGUUGUAGAAACAAAGAAAUCGGUCAAGCUGCUAAAUAUGUAACACAUUCACCAUCGUCGCCUUCUUUUACGGUACCAUCGUUUCGAAUUCCGAACCAUAUAUCCCAUGAAAAUAAGUGUGAUUGUUAUUACUGCGUGUGUUACGAAUAUCAAAUUUUCGCUUUGGAAAACGCCAGACUCAGUGCCUUAUUUAACGUUAAAGAACGUAAUACGAACCUCGCUCAAGAAUUUUUUCAAAGUGCCUUGAAUUUAUACGAUUCUUAUAUAGCAAAGUAUUUGAAAAGUAACCAAGUCGUACCUGAUUUUAUGCCAACUUACGGAUACAUUUUGUUGAAUUAUAGCAGUCAUUUGUGGAGGACUAAUCGCAAGAGUGAAGCUAGGGACUUUAAUAAAACGUUAUUGACACUUUUGGAACCGAAGAAACUACAAAACGUCGAUUUAUAUAACGAGGCUCUGUUACAAAAAUUGAGCUACACGACCGAUAAUAUAGUACCCGCACCUGUUUGCGAACUGCAACUCGAAAUGGACCAAUUACAAAUUUCCGACGAUAAAGCAACACCGAAAACCCCGGAAAAUAACAGAAGCGAAGUUUCGGUUUUAAUUGAAAAACCUACUUAUACGUCAGUGGAAAAAAACAAAAUGAAAAAAUUUCCAGUAUUAACCUUUUCCCCGAGCGAUUUAGCCAAAGAGAACGCGAACGUGGAACCGAUCAUUAAAAUUUAUUCUCGAAGUUCUGUUAGAAAAACGAAAACUAAAACCACCUCGCAAACACCGGUACCGACUUUUCCGGAAAAUUCGACCUCCGGUACCGUUACAGAAAGUGUUUUGAGAACGCGUACGAAAUUGCUGACGGAAAAAUUAAAGCAAUCAAGUAAAAAAACCGAACCGUCUACUAGUGGAAACCAAAUUAAAAAAGCGGGAGAAAAAUGUAGUACUGCGAGAAAGAAUUUAUUAAAAGAAUUAUCGGCACCUGAAAGUACUACCGCAAACGGUGCUAUUAGAAGAUCUACUAGAACUAGAAAGUAGUUUUAUACACACUUUCCAUGUGUUAUUUAAAAGUUUUAUCUUUUGAGAAUUGAUCAGUGACAUUCUUUUUCAAAUAGGCUUUACGUUCAAUGAUAUUUGAGCCCCUAGGCCCGCAACUAAAUUUACCCCACAGCCCAAAGCGGUUCUAUGGACCGCGCCACUUAUUUUAUUUCAAACCUUUCUCACGACCGUAUUUAAACGUGUGUUACAGUUUGGUUUGACCAUUCUGGGUCCUUCCAACAUUAAUCUAUUUGAUUUUUUUUUUUCAUUUUGUUCGGCUCUCAUCUUUUCAUAUUUUUUUUUGUUUUCAACAUAAUUCAAAUCUUUGAACCAAGUUUUUAAUUUGUGCUACCUUUACAUUACCUCGAUUUUAUUUCAAAUAAAUUUUUCCUUGGAUCCACACCCCACGUGAAGUGUACAAAUACAAAAAAAUUUUUGGACCCCAGGGGAAUGUUGAUUAAUUUUGGUUGGGACUCGACGUGAUUUUUUCAUCCCAAAUUUUCUUUUUCCAUACUGCAAGUAGGGUGUACCUUCAUUUCGAUUGAAAAGCGUGAAAAAUGAGCCGAUUUGAACCUUGGGGAAAGUUUUAAAGGUAAACAUUUUCGGGCCCAGAAGAAAGUUAAUCAAUUUUGGUUUGGGCUCAACGUCUCCUACAUAUUUUCGAAUAUUUUGUCUUCUAUCAAAUUUUCUAUUUCUUCUUCAUAUUAGUUUUUAGUUGCUUCCUAGUUUGUCGCCUUGUAGCCUCCGAUAGCAGUUGUUUUGUUUUAAAUGUACCAUUGAAAUUUCUACUUUUUCAUUCAUAUUUAAUUUUCUUAAAAUCCCGCAAUUACCAUUUUCUGGUUCAGGUGAUUUAUUCGCUUUUUGCCCUGCUUUCCAUCAAUACAGCUUAUAAAAACCACAGUUUUAUAAUUUUUUUGUUCUAUUGUGUUCCUAAUACAUGUUAUCAUAGAGUUGGUCUUACUAGUGCAUUUGGAAGUUAUGAUUUCAGCCAUUUUGAACCUCUUCGAUUGUAUAAUCAUUAUUCAUUCAUAUUUCCCAUGCUUUGUCAGGUAAAUUUCAUCACAGAACUCUGGUUAUGCAGUUUUUCAUCUUUGUUCUGUUAUGUUCCUGAAGUUGGAAGUACUAACAGAACCAAAAUACCAGUUAUCAUAGAGUUGGUCUUUCUAGUGCAUUUGGAAGUUAUUAUUUCAGCCAUUUUGAUGUUCUUCAACUGUAUAAUCAUUAUUCAUUCAUAUUUCCCAUUCUUUGUCAAGUAAAUUUCACUACAGAACUCUGGUUAUGCAGUUUUUCAUCUUUGUUCUAUUAUGUUCCUGAUGUUGGAAGUACUGGCAGAACCAAAAUACUACUUAUCCCAUGGUUGAUGCUACAAUUGCAUUUGGAAGUUCAUGUUUUAGUCAUUUUAGUCUCCUUCAAUUUUAUAAUCAUUAUUUAUUCAUAUUUCCCAUGCUUUGUUAGGUAAAUUUCAUCACAGAACUCUGGUUAUGCAGUUUUUUAUCUUUGUUCUGUUAUGUUCCUGAUGUUGAAGUAAAUUUUAACAAAGAAUUCUGAUUCCAAAGUGUUUCACCUUGAUGUUGAAGGUACUGCCAUUUUGUUGGCCUUUUUCAACUGUAUAAUCAUCUCUAUUCAUGGUUCACAGGCUUCACAAGAUUAAUUUCCUAUAAACUAUAACACAGAGAUCUGGAUCCACAGUUUCCCAUCUUUUUUAAUGGUAUUGUAUUCCUGACUUUGAAAGUACUGGUAGAAUUAACUGACCAAUUGUGACUAAUGUGUUUGGAAGUUCUUGUUUUGUUUAUUUUGUUAGUCUUUUUCCAUCGUAUAGUAAAUAUUUAUUCACGGUUCCUUUACUUGCAGAGGUAGAUUGUCAUAUAAAUUUCAAUAGAGUAUUCUCUGGGUUCUAAGGGAUUAUUUGCUUCAUCGUUAUGCUGAUAGACGCAUUUUCUUUUGGUGUUCAUAAUAAAACAUAAUUUUUUACCCUUUUAUGUGCCAUUAUAUUCCUAAUUUCCAAUGUUGAAUAACUGGAUUGUAUAUAAUUAUUUAUUUGCGAUUUCCAUGCUUUGGAAUUGGAGUCCGUUUUCUUACUUUCAUCUCAGCAUUUUCAUUUUUCCUUCUGUGCUAUUGGAUACUUAUUCAGUUUUUUCUUUCUUUGAAAGCAUUGGCAGAUCUAAAAGACUAUUUAUUACAUUUGGAACUUCUUGUUUGGUUAUUUUGUUGGUUUUCUUUUGCUGUAUGUUAAUUGUUUAUUCAUGGUUUUGAUUUUUUUCCAACUAAAUGUAUUUUGAUGCUGACACCUAGUGGCGUUAUCAUUUUCUUCAUAUUUCACAUAAUUUUUACUUUUCUUUGUAUUUUAUCAGAAACUGGUUGUUUUUUUCUUUGAAAGCAGUGGUAGAAGCAAAAGACCACUUGUCGGAUACUUAACAUUAAUUAUUUCUUAUACAACAUAUUAUUUUGGCCCUUUGGUUGUUUUUUUCUCAAUUAUGUAAUAAAAAAGAUUGAAUAUUCUCAGGAACCUAAUAGUUUUGAGAGUCUCCUAGUCAUUUUUAUUAAUUUUUCAACCUAACUAUAUGUUUUCAUAUUUUUCUUCCAAAAUAAUUCAGAAUUUCUGACAAUUUUCUUUGUUUUAUAUAAGAUUUGGUGCUGGUAAGCAGUUCUCUUAGCUAUCAGAACCAUCAAUCUUCUCAAAGACAAAAAUUUUUGUUUGUACGUAUUCUAUUUUUAUUUAAAAGAAUUAAAAGAAAACUACCUAAUUUUAAUUAUAUUUUUGAUAUUUAGAAAUAUUUAUAUUGUUCUGUGUUGUAUAGAUUAUAUAGCUGUAAAAAUUUUGAAUAAAUAAUUUUUUUAAA